CUUCAAUCCCAACCACUCCUUUCCUAUUAAACCUGGGUGAAUCUCACUUACUCUAUUCCGAAGACUUUGCCAUUUAUACAUUAGCUCCCUUUAUCCUGACCUUUCUCGAUAAUGUCUGACGAAAUUUACGAAGGUGCCAUUGGCAUCGACCUCGGUACUACCUACUCUUGUGUUGCCAACUAUGAAGGCACCAACGUUGAGAUCAUUGCGAAUGAGCAGGGCAGCUAUACCACGCCUUCCUUCGUCUCCUUCACUGAUAAGGAGCGCUUGAUCGGUGAGGCUGCAAAGAACCAGGCCGCCAUGAACCCACAGAACACCAUCUUUGAUGUUAAGCGCCUCAUCGGUCGCCGUUACGAUGAUCCAACUGUGAAGAAGGAUAUCGAGUCCUGGCCAUUUAAGGUUGUUGACCAGGGCGGAAAUCCUGCUGUGCAAGUCGAGUAUCUUGGCGAGACCAAAACGUUCACCCCUCAAGAGAUAUCAUCAAUGGUGCUUAUGAAGAUGAAAGAAGUCGCGGAAACGAAACUUGGAAAGAAGGUAGAGAAAGCCGUGAUUACAGUACCCGCGUACUUUAACGACAAUCAACGUCAAGCGACAAAGGAUGCUGGCGCUAUUGCUGGCCUCAAUGUUCUCCGGAUCAUCAACGAGCCUACAGCCGCUGCUAUUGCCUACGGACUUGGGUCUGGAAAGGCUGACAAGGAGCGCAAUGUCCUGAUUUAUGAUCUUGGAGGUGGAACUUUUGAUGUUUCCCUGCUGAACAUUCAAGGGGGCGUUUUCACAGUCAAGGCUACUGCCGGUGAUACUCACCUUGGAGGUCAGGAUUUUGAUACAAAUCUCCUCGAUUACUUCAAGAAGGAGUUCCAGAGAAAGAGUGGGAAGGAUCUUUCAGGCGACCCCAGAGCUCUGCGUCGCUUGAGAACGGCCUGUGAGCGGGCGAAACGUACUUUGUCCAAUGCUACUCAGACUACAGUGGAGAUCGACUCUCUCUUUGAUGGAGAGGACUUCAACGCCUCCAUUACUCGUGCUCGUUUUGAGGAUCUCAAUGCGAAAUCGUUCAGCGGUACUUUGGAGCCAGUCCAGCAGGUUAUUAAAGACUCUGGGCUGGAGAAGAGCAAGGUUGAUGAAAUUGUCCUUGUUGGCGGCUCCACUCGUAUCCCUCGUAUCCAGAAGCUUCUUAGUGACUUCUUCGAUGGAAAGAAGCUUGAGAAGAGCAUCAAUCCCGAUGAGGCCGUCGCAUAUGGUGCCGCCGUCCAAGCCGGUAUCCUCUCCGGAAAGGCUACGUCUGCUGAGACUCAAGACUUAUUGCUUCUUGAUGUUGUACCACUCUCUCUUGGCGUUGCUAUGGAGGGUAAUAUCUUCGCACCGGUCGUCUCCCGUGGCCAGACAGUUCCUACGAUCAAAAAGCGUACAUUCACCACAGUUGUGGAUAACCAGACUACUGUUCAGUUCCCUGUGUAUCAGGGUGAACGUACUAACUGUGCCGACAAUACCUCCCUUGGGGAGUUCACUCUGGCACCCAUUCCGCCUAUGAAGGCUGGCGAGGCUGCACUGGAAGUUGUUUUUGAGGUUGACGUCAACGGCAUCCUCAAAGUUACUGCUACUGAGAAGUCUUCCGGCCGUAGUGCUAAUAUUACAAUCUCAAACGCCGUUGGCAAGCUUUCUAGCACAGAAAUUGACCAGAUGAUCAAUGACGCUGCCAAGUUCAAGUCCAGUGAUGAGGCUUUCACAAAGAAGUUUGAGUCUCGCCAGCAGCUUGAGUCUUAUAUUUCUCGUGUCGAGGAAAUCAUCUCUGAUCCUACCAUGUCUCUCAAGCUCAAACGCGGCAACAGGGAGAGGAUUGAGUCGGCUCUGAGUGACGCCAUGGCCCAACUUGAGAUUGAGGACUCGACUCCGGAUGAUCUCAAGAAGAAGGAGCUUGCUCUGAAACGGCUGGUUACGAAGGCGAUGGCCACCAGGUAGAUGCGCAAAGACUUCAAAGCUGAAGCAGUUAGACUGCAGUCUUUCGCGAAAUGGAACACAUGCUUCCCAACUUGCUUCUAUACAAGGUGUAGAAGCACAUUACUCUAUCGGUGGCUCACUCCCUGUUUAUGCUUAUUCAGAAUUUGUGAUAUCCAAAGUGACCUAUUUGAGAUGAGAUUGCGUCUCUGACUUGACGCCUAGUGAUGGUCCCAGCAUACUGGAUAUUUUCAUAUUCACUCUCAUUCUACUUCCGAUUGUUCGAACUAUUUUGUGUGUCCUUUUCUAAGAUUUUUUAUAGACUCACAACAGGAUAGGCAAGAAAAGCUCUGUUUUAUGUUGCAACUUGCGCUCUCUAGUUUAUUAAAAGAAUUACUUUCUGAACCCAC